AUGGCUUCCAAGGCUGCAUCAUCAAUUGCCCUUCUCUUUAUGCUCAACAUCUAUUUCUUCAGUUUGGUUUCGUCUACCUAUUGCCCACCACCACCACCAAAGUGUUCCCGUUGCAAACCAUCACCUUCACCACCAAAGUCACCAAAACCACCGUCAAAGUCACCACCAAAGUCACCUAACCCACCAUCACCACCAAAGUCACCUACAAGCAGUUGCCCUAUCGACACCCUUAAGCUGGGUGUUUGUGCCAACGUGCUGCAGAGCUUGCUCAACAUAUCUUUGGGAACCCCACCCACGUCCUCUUGCUGCAGUCUCAUCCAGAAUCUGGUUGAUCUUGAUGCCGCUCUUUGCCUUUGCACUGCCAUCAAGGCCAAUCUCUUGGGCAUUAACCUCAACGUCCCUAUCUCCUUGAGCUUGCUUUUGAAUUAUUGCGGAAAGAACGUCCCAUCCGGCUACCAAUGCUCUUAG